AAACAAACCCAGAAAAGCUCUCACAGUUCUCCAACCAUGAGAAAGUCCUCAAUCUCACUCUUCUCCCAUCUCACUCGUCACACCUCCAAAACCAUCCCUCCUCUUCUCUCCACAACUCACAUCUCUACCCCUCCAUCUUCUUCUUCACCGACCCGGUUCACUUCCUGCACCAAACUCCACGGCCAGGUCUUCAAAACCCACCAAUCCCAAUCCAACCCAUCUCGAAACAUGAACACCCUGGCCCCCCAAACGUCCUCAAGGCAGAGAAAAACCAAGGAAAAAUCCGACCUUGAAGACGCAUUUGAGUCUGCUACUACUUCUGAAGAGAUGCGUAGAGCUUUCAAGGAAAUGGAGAAGGCUUUCGGAGAGAAAGAGCUGGCCUUGGCUUGUUUGAAACUUGGGCUCAAGCUUGACCAAGAAGGUGAGGACCCUGAACAAGUUCUCUCUUUUGCUACUAGAGCCUUUAAUGCUUUUGAUAAAGAAAGUGAUGAUUGUGAUAUGAGUAGUAGUGGUAAUAAGAGUACUUUUCUUGUUGCAAUGGCUUUACAAUUGAUGGGUUCGGCUAGUUGUAGCUUGAAGAGGUUUGGUGAGAGUUUGGGGUAUUUGAAUAGGGCGAAUAGGACAUUGGGUAGGUUGGAGGAGGAGGGUUGUGAGGUUGGGGAUGUUAGGCCGGUGAAGCAUGCAGUGCAGUUGGAGAUGGCCAAUGUGAAGACGGCAAUGGGGAGGAGGGAGGAGGCCCUUGUGAAUUUGAGGAAGUGUUUGGAGAUUAAGGAGGUCAUGUUGGAGAGGGAUAGUAAGGAGCUUGGGAAGGCUAAUAGGGAUUUGGCCGAGGCUUAUGUUGCGGUUUUGAACUUUAAGGAGGCGUUGGGGUUCUGUAGGAAGGCGUUGGAGAUUCAUAAGGAGCAGUUGGGGCAGAACUCGAUGGAGGUUGCACAUGACAAGAACUCGAUGGAGGUUGCACAUGACAGAAGGCUUCUUGGGAUUAUUUAUACGGGGUUGGAGGAGCAUGAGAAGGCGUUGGAGCAGAAUAUGUUGUCGCAGAAGGUUUUGAAGAAUUGGGGUCUUGGUUCUGAUUUGCUUCGUGCAGAGAUUGAUUCUGCAAAUAUGCAGAUUGCGCUGGGGAAGUAUGAUGAUGCUAUUAAUACUUUGAAAGGUGUUGUUCAGCAAACUGAUAAGGACAGUGAGACACGGGCUCUCGUGUUUAUUUCAAUGGGAAAAGCGUUGUGCAAUCAAGAAAAGUUUUCAGAUGCAAGGAGAUGUUUGGAGAUUGCUUGUGGAAUUCUUGACAAGAAAGAGAGAACCACCCCAGUAGAUGUUGCUGAAGCAUACUCAGAAAUAUCGAUGCAAUAUGAGACAAUGAAUGAAUUUGAAACUGCAAUUUCAUUGUUGAAGAGAACAUUGGCAUUGCUUGAGAAGCUCCCACAAGAACAACAUUCUGAGGGAAGUGUUUCUGCUAGGAUAGGGUGGUUGCUUCUGUUGACCGGCAAGGUCUCACAAGCUAUUCCUUACUUGGAGAGCGCAGCUGAGAGGUUGAAAGAGAGCUUUGGUCCCAAGCAUUUUGGCGUGGGCUAUAUUUACAACAACUUGGGUGCAGCAUAUUUGGAACUAGACCGGCCUCAGUCAGCUGCACAGAUGUUCGCUGUCGCAAACGACAUCAUGGACGUUGCACUUGGUCCACAUCAUGCAGAUUCAAUUGAGGCAUGCCAGAACCUAUCAAAAGCAUAUGAUGCUAUGAAAAACUAUGUCCUUGCAAUCCAAUUCCAGCAGCAAGUAGUUGAUGCUUGGGAGAGCCAUGGACCAAGUGCUCAUGACGAACUCAGAGAAGCACAGCGACUACUUGGAGAGUUGAGGAAGAAAGCCCGUGGGACAAUUUCAAAUGAUGGGGGAAUCAUAAAGGCCUUACCCUUGCCCCAAACUCAUCCAUCUGCCAGGAGCUCACAAGCUGACUUCCUUUGAAUUUGAAGUGAUUGAACUUAAUUUGAAAGAUGCGCCGAGUAAUUGAUGUACUAGACAUUGCAAGAAGCGAGUGACUUCAUCCUUCAGGGUGAGGGUAUGGCUACUACUUUCAGUGCUUCUCAUAACAUCUUGGCUAUGUUCUUCCUGGGUGAUGACAAAUGUCAGUGUCAGCCAUAAAUUUUAAUAAGCCAUUGUUCUACAGUUAUACAUCAUUACGUUAAAGCACAAAAAUUUUCUGCUCAUGUAAAUUACUUUAGUAUUGAGGAAUAUAUAUAUGUUAUUCACUG